UGUCUCGAGGUUGACGAGUCGUGAUUUUUUUGUCGCGAAGCUGGACCAAAGCAAACAUGGCAAACAUUUGAGGCAGGUCUUGGCGCUUGACCUCUGUCCCGUUUCUCUUCCACCCCACACCAAAACAAGCGAGACAAAACAACGACAUGUCAAUAACAGUGUGUGAUGUUCCGUAGAGUACUUGUACCCGCUCUCACAUGGACACAUCUUUGCAGUGCCCAGCUCCGUGUUUCUUAAAAAGUUGACUUUAUCAUGCCGUGAAAAUUAAGUUAGGCUAUUUUCUCUCACUCAUGACACAGGCUCCUGUCGCCUCGAUACGCUACCACAAACAGACCCAUACAAAACAACUGGCUGAAGACCAUGGCAGGAUGUGAAUCCAAGUUGACCGGCCUCGAAUUUGUUGCAAAUAUCCUCCAGCCACUCGAGCUAGUCGUAUGGGGGGAUCUCGCGGUACGGUAUCUCGGCGUCCCCGUUGUCCAUGAGUGCUAUAUGCUGGGUAUACGCGAUGGCGUGAUGGAGACGGCAGCGGCGGCACUGGCAGAAGCAGGCUUCAUCCGCCAGCGCUGGUCUUAUGGUUCAACAAUUGACCCCGCCACCCGCAAAGACGACGAGAUGUUGCAGCGUGUACAUGCAAGAAUCGGACUUGCCUUUGCGAAUUUUGAUGCGAAGACGAUUCGCUUCCAUUACCCCAAUGAUGACAAGCUGGUCCAGCGAACUAUUCUCAUACCCAGUAGCUACCUCCACUUGGCUGUCUGUGACCAGCCAUCUACCCCGGAUUCUGCACCUACCCAAGCCCUGCGAUUACAGCCGUCAUUCUACGUCGACGGUAACCUGUACUACCCCAACGUAGUCGAAUUGCUUCGGAGCUUUAUUGAGGUUUACUUGGAUGAAAGAAAAUACACGGCUAUCCCAAACUGGCAAGCGAAAUUGUUAAGCUGGGCUUUCGGAUAUCUAUACGGUGAGCUACUGUUAAGGGACGAUAUUCUGGAUGACUGCGAGAGUGAAAUGGUAAAACAAUUUUUUUGACGAGGAGAUCAAGAGAGGGUCUGGGAGAUCGAGAGUCAGGGAAAAAUGGGGCAAACCCAAGGCUCCCAUUACCAACGACCUCAUCAAGGACUUUCAAAUAGACGAAGCAUUAUCGACAGAACAGGCCAUAUAGACUCUGACUAUAUUUCUAUAAGUGGAACCAAGUCUCAGUUUUCGAUGAAAUAUCCACUAUGGUUACGAUUUUUUUCUGAAUGCAGAAAAAAUAUGAGUAUGAAACCAAGCCGCAAACAUUGUUGUUGGACUUUUAAAUCAACUUUACAUGAAAAUUGCCCUUAAUGAACUGCUGAGUGGAAAACGUGUCAACCUAAGAGGUCUAUAGAGUCUGCCAAGCGCAACGUCGUGUAGUGCAUUAGAUAGGG